AUGAUCAGAGAUUGUGGAUGUACUACAGCAGAUGGUCAGAGACUGCAGACCUAUUACAUGAGAUGGUCAGAGACUGCAGACAUACAGGAGAUGGUCAGGGACUGCAGACAUAGUACAGGAGAUGGUCAGGGACUGCAGACAUAGUACAGGAGAUGGUCAGAGACUGAAGACAUAUUAUAGGAGAUGAUUAGAGACUGUAGAAAUAGUACAGAAGAUGGUCAUAGACUGCAGACACACUACAGGAGAUCGGCAGAGAUUGUCAGAGACUGCAGACCUAUUACAGGAGAUGGUCAGAGACUGCAGAUAUACUCUGCAGUAUAGACUGCAGA